UAAAUAUUGUUAGUUGCGUUUUGGAGUUUUUCUCGCUUAUCCUACAAAUGGUGGAUACAUUGUGCUUGAAAACUGUGAUUUUCAGUAAUGUCAUGAGUGAUUUUGCUGGAGUUGUUGCUGAAAAUGUCAUUUAUGUGAUUCAACUUAUUUUCAGAGCUAUUCUUUUAAUUUUACAGUUAGGUCCUAAUCUUAUAAUUUGCCUGUAUCAAUUAGUUAUUUAUUUACUCAAUCAUUUAUGGGCUGCAUUAAAUAUACUUUUAUCUGCAGUAUUAAAUGUACUGUGCAAUCUAGGGUUAUAUUUUCUUAAUGUAAUUUUUAAUGUACCACCAAAGGCAUAUCUUGGUUUAAUUCUUCUUGUUACAUUAAUUUACAUGCACAAAUAUUUUUCAAUGAGUUUAAAGAUAUAUGCUUUAUUUCUUUUAGCAUUCAUUAGUAAAGUAAUUGAAAUCAUCAUCCAAUAUGUUCAUGCAUUUUUGAAAUCUACCACAAAGAUAUUUAUAAAGUUGUUUAGAAGAAGAAAUUCAUCUCACUUGGUAAAUGAAAGGAACAAUCACCAACACACAAAUAGAAUAAGCAAGAUUUAUAAUUGUUUGAGAGCUAAACGUAAUAUUUUGACAUUUUCCUUUUACAAAACUGAUGACAUUGCUGAUGAGAAAGUCAAAUAUUUGCAGCAAGAACUAACUGCUGCUAUUGAUCGGCAGCUUUGCAUAAUCUGUCAUGAAAGAGAGAGAAACGUUAUAUUUUUUCCUUGUCGACAUUUAUGCUUGUGUAAAGAAUGUACAGAAACACUACAACGGCUUUUUCAAGACUGCCCUAUAUGUCGUAUGAGAAUAUUGAAUGUGUUGCCAGUGUAUACAUAAGUUUCAGCUGAAAAAUGAAAGUACAAUUUAGACAAAAAAACAACUAACGCAUGUUUGAUUGACU